AUGAGGUGGGUCAUUCCUUCUAUUAUCUUGGGCACUGCUCUGCUUCUUGGCGCCUACCGUUCUGUGAUCUUCGGUGGAAAUAACUCUUCUGGAACUGGACUUAUCUCCCUUAUUAUAGAGGUCUCCCAAAAAUUAGGCCUUCCAAGUGAAUGGCUUGAAGGGUUGGUCGGCAUCGAGCUCCCUCGGCCAGGUUCUGGACUUUCGGACCGUGAGUCGCCGUUAUCUGAAUCUCCAUCGCAUACUGGCUUCAGUCCUGGCAUUUCAUUCGAUGACAGCAGCACUGAGUUCAAAUUGCCUGAAUGUCAGCCGAAUGCGUUCAGUUUAGAUCAAUUGGUCAGACAUCAACAUCUCAGUAUUCUUGGACAUGUGUUUGAUGUCAGCACAAAUCUGGACAUGUACGGAACUGAGGGCGGGUAUGCUGACUUUACCGGUAAGGUGGAGUGUUCUGACGAUAUAUUCAUUUUUAUUUCCUAA